UCGUCCUAGUGCUUCGGAAAAUUGGAAACAUCUCUACAAGAAUGUUACUUUGUGUCCUUGCACUAGUAGAUACGGCAAGGCUGUGUACAUACUCCUCUCGCUUUUCUGUGGCCAUAUCUGGGGUCAGUUUGCUAAGUUUAACUAAGGCGUCCUGUCCUUUAUUCAUCUUCAGUACGUACUCAAUCAAGUACUUCGCAAGUUGGACAAUCGUCAUGAUAACCAUUGAACGAGUUAUCUGUGUGGUGUAUCCUUUGAAGGCAAGAGUUCUUUGUACAAAGAAAUCGACUGCGAUAGCAAUAUUUUCGAUGUUUGCCUUCUUUUCUUUGUUGAACUCUCAUAUUCUUAAAUAUGCUCGCAUUCAAGACAGCGGCAACUGUAGGCUUUCAACUACGCCAAGAUUCGGGCUGUAUGAGAAUUAUAAUGAUUUCUGGAAUAAACUCUGGCUUCGUGUCGACCUUUGUAUAUAUUCCGUUAUUCCUUUCACAGCCAUUCUCAUAUGUAAUUGUAUAUUGAUAAAGAAAGUAAGAAAGAGUCAAUCAAAGCAGAAAGAGCUACAAACUCGUAUGACAUCAGACGACGAAGCGUCCGAGUCCCGUAUGAUAAGUAUGACGCGCAUGCUCAUUACUGUCAGUUUAACGUUCAUCCUUCUUACCUUACCGACUUCGAUCUAUUUCGUCGCCAGAGGGAUGAUCGUUAUCCAAUCGAAAGAGCAAAGUUAUGCACUUCAGUUGGCAUAUGCUAUUACAACCAUGAUUUCUUUGGUCAACCACUCAAUUAACUUCCUUCUGUACUGCCUGAGUGGAACGCAGUUUAGGCGUGAGGUUUACUUGAUGUUUAAGGGGCAAAAACGACCAUAGUAGAAGCAUGAACUUGCCAGGUGAAUUCAUCUAGUUCCCUUGACAAAACUUGGUGUUACUCAGCAAGAAAACUUAGUUUACAACGAUAACUGCGUGUUCUCACUACCCCUUAGCUUGUGGUACACUGAGAAAUUUUUUUCGUCAUGAAUCUUAAGGCUUAUAGAUAUAAAAUUUCAAAUCCAACAUAAAAUGGUAAACCUAAACACAUAAGGAAAAAGGUUUCGAAUAUUUUCACUCUCACAAUGGAUAUACAAUAUAAUUCUAUUGUGCAAGGGAAUAUAAUUCUGGGCCACUUGAUGCAUGGGAAUCUUAUCGGUACAUGUAUAUGAUUCCUUCAUGCGAUCGUUUAUAAACGGGGAUGUUUUCGCAAUUUUUUAUCGAGAUUUCUAUCGGUUCUUUAUAAGACCUUAAACAAUUUGCCUUUCAGGAUAUAUAGGAAAUAUUUUCCGGAGUAGAAAUGCAGGUCAAGAAGAAGCUUGCAAGGAGACACCUAUAUAACUAUGCAUGAUUUUCAGAUUUGCUCAAUGCAGUUUCACAUUCGUUACCAGUGGUCAGUUUACACAAGGUGAAAAUAGACUGUUCUGGAUUGUACUCUAACCAGCUUCUUUCUCUCAAAAAAUCUUCGUCUUCAAGACAUACAUGUAGACAGAGGGAGAGUCGACUGCUCAAGUGCAAUCAACUUUCGUAUGUACACGCGGUGGAUGUUCUCAAUAACGCGAUCGCAGUAUGUACAAUAUGUACUACUUGUCUUCUGUACAAUAAAAAUCUCUUUCUCAUAAAACUUUUACCCUAUCAUCAAUACAACUUACUCGUUCUUUACACUUAAUUUGGUUGAAAUGUAUGAUUAUUGUAUAAUGAAUAAAGACUGAGCAUCGUUCGUUAUCGGGUAGUAGCAAUCUAGUGACGAUGGCAUGCAUCUCAUAUUUAGGUAGUAUCUGAUACAAGUGCUGCUAUGUUUUGUAAUUGGCGUUUUCAUUUCGUACAUAGGCAAUGUUUAAAAAGUCUAGCACUGUACUUCGCUGUGUAUCUGAUUGUGCUUAAAUACUAUAUCUGCAUGGAGAAUGUGACAUGGGCGUUAUUGAUCAACUCAUACCAUAAUUCACCAGUGAUUUUUGUUCAGUAAUAAACAUAUGACAUUUAACGACUUAAUUGCAGCAGCCUUUCAAAUAAUUUUUUGAAAGAUUCUGAUUGCAGUAAAUGACAAUUGCAGUAUGCAAUUCUAUAGUUAUAAUUUAAUGGUCCAA